AUGAUCAAGAUAUUGUUCUUUGUAUUUUGGUUGGUAAAUAGCCAUGAUAGUCAUAGAGUUCAUGCUACUCUCAUAGAUGAUUUUGAGAUAGAAAGACAAUUACAAGUCAUUAACAAACCCUCAGUGAAAAAGUUUGGAUAUGUCGUUGAUUGCGUUGAUAUUUAUAAACAACUAGCAUUUGAUCAUCCUUUAUUAAAAGACCACAAAUUACAGAGAAAACCUAGCUUUCGAAACUCAUUUGAGAAGACAAGUAUGAAAAAAUCAUCGAAUCAACUCAUAUUUGAACUUCAGAAAGAAAAAUGUCCAAGGGGAACUGUUCCCAUUCGGAGAACAACAAAAGAUUGUCUCAUUCAAAGAAGAUCAUCAUUCUAUAAUCAAAGCAUGGUUCAAGAUGUUCCCGGCCUUCAUAUGGCAGAAAUAUAUGUUAAACCAAGUUAUGGUCCCUUUUAUAAAGUUAAGGGAUCAAACAACAUUUAUAAUCCAAGACUCAUGAAGAAUAAUCAAGAAAGCAUUUCUCAUAUAUGGGUUGAGAACGGAGGAAAUAACAAAAUCGCUUUCGGGUGGCAUGUGGCUCCCCUAAUAUAUCGUGGUGAUACUGGAACUCAUAUCUUCUCGGCAUGGACAUCAGAUAAUUUCAAGCAUACAGGAUGUUACGAUCUUCAAUGUUCAGGUUUUGUCCAAGUUAAUCAGUUUCAUUACAUUGGUUCACGCAUGUCCAAGACAUCUAUCUACGGAAACACAUCAAUUGAGUCUACAAUUUCUAUUACUAUGGACCCACAAACUGAAAAUUGGUGGUUGAAUAUUGCUGGGCGAGAUAUUGGAUAUUAUCCAGCAAAAUUAUUCUCAAACAUGAGCUCGGCAGAACGAGUGGGAUGGGGUGGGAGAACAAUGACUCAUCAUGGCAUUCCCAGUCCUCAAAUGGGAUCUGGAUAUUUUCCAGAUCAGAACUUUGUUCAUGCCGCCUACUUUAAGUUUAUCUCCAUUCAAGAUCAAGUAAGAAAAGAUUUAGAACCCGACACAGACAUGACAGAGACACUAGCCGACAAACCCAAUUGUUUUAAUGCCCAACACUUUGGAGCUCUAGGAAGAGAUGUUGGAAAUUCUCUCCAAUUCGGGGGACCUGGUGGCGAGUGUGGCGAUUAA